AUGUUCCUCAGAUGCACACUGUGGCCUCGAACAGCUGGGGUUCGCGUUUUGAGCAUUGAUGGCGGGGGUAUUCGUGGCCGGAUCCCCUUGGAGUUUCUACGCGUUCUACAAGACCAUGUAGCGCUUCCACUUCCGAUCCAAAGUCAUUUCGAUCUAGUCUUUGGAACAAGCUCCGGUGCCAUUAUUGCAUGUGCAUUAUGCAUAAACGGCUGGGACAUCAAAGUCUGUACGGCUACCUUCGAGAGCUUUGCAGCUGAGGCCUUCAAAGCUCGCUUUCCGUAUAGAGUACCAUUACUGACGAAGAUCUACGAUUUGUGCCUGCUGAUGAUUGCGGACUGUCGCUACUCCGCAACAAAUCUGGAACAGUCUUUGCAGGCCGUCUUCGGACCGACGAGAAGCAUGCUUGAAUAUUCUAGAGCCUCUGAAAUGGGCAUCUUGGUGGGGGUUCCUGUCACGACAACUUCCGACGUGAGUUGCAACAUAUUCAGUAACUAUAACGGUAGUGGUCGUCGGGAGAAGACAGACUACACUAUGGUCAGGCAUUCGUCCUCAAGAACCCCCGUCCCGCUAUGGGAGAUUCUGAGAUGUUCGACGGCAGCACCGUACUACUUCCCUGCCAGGCAUGUCGACGGCCUGGAAAGAUACCAAGAUGGGGGCCUGAUGUAUAACAAUCCUGCCUCCGUGGCGAUCAGAGAGGUGGCUGCAAUGUUUCCAACUGCUAGGAAACCGAGCACGCUGGUGUCGUUAGGCACGGGAUCUAUCGUUUGGAUAAAGUACAAAUGGUCCUUCAAGAACAGUCUCAUGACAGCCAUAUAA